AUGACUUUAGCCAAUGAUCAAACUGACAUAUCUGGAUUUUUCCUACCACAUCACUGUGUUUUUAAAAUGGAUUCAACUACAACAAAACUACGAGUUGUUUUUGACGGUUCUUCUAAAUCGACUUCUGGAUAUUCAUUAAAUGACUUAUUAAUGGUGGGACCUAACGUUCAAGACAGCUUAUUUAAUAUUUUAACACGAUUCAGAUUUUAUCCUAUGGUUUUAAGCGCAGACAUCGAGAAGAUGUAUCGACAGAUUUAUCUCCACGAAAGCCAACGUCAUCUACAAAAAAUUCUGUGGCGUCCUGAUAGAAAUCAGGAUCUGCUCGUAUAUAAUCUUAAUACUGUGACUUAUGGAACAGCUUCUGCUGCAUUUCUUGCUACUCGUUCUCUUCAGGAGAUAGAAGCGAAUAACAAUCCUAACAUUAGUGAUAUUAUUUUACAUGAUUUUUACGUAGACGAUCUUCUCACUGGUGGACAAACCCCACAAGAUGUAAAGGAACUAAAAGAUAAUCUUUAUAAAACUCUUCAUAAAUAUGGAAUGAAUCUACGAAAAUGGCUAUCUAAUGAUAAAUCUAUCACUGCAGAUUCCGAUGACAUAUUUAUUUCUCUUGAUUAUGACAACCAAACUAAGACGCUAGGUUUACUCUGGAAUUUUCUAUCUGAUUCAUUGCAAUUUAAUAUUAAACACGAAAUACCCGAUAAGACUACUAAACGCACGAUACUUUCUUCAAUUGCUCAAAUUUUUGAUCCAAUGGGACUUUUGACUCCAGUCACGAUGACUGCCAAAAUCAUUCUACAGCAACUUUGGAAGAUUAAAAUUGAUUGGGACGAAUCUAUACCUGCGGAUCUGCAUACAAGUUGGUCCACAUAUAGAACCCAACUUAUUCAAUUAAAUAAACUUAAAAUUCCUAGAUUAGUUCUUUGUGCAAAUGCAGUCGAAAUACAAUUGCAUGGUUUUUGUGAUGCUGUUCAACCUGGUUAUGGAGCAUGUAUUUUUAUUCGUUCUUCUGAUGCUCUGGGAAAUGUUACUUCUAAUCUUCUUUGUUCUAAAUCCAGAGUAUUGCCAUUAGCACUUACUACUAUUCCAAGACUAGAACUUUGUGGAGCCCUUCUACUUGCUGAGCUCAUGAAUAGUAUUUUGAAUUCUACGAAAUUUGAUAUACAAUCUAAGGUAUACUGGUGUGACUCCACUAUUGUACUAUCCUGGCUAAAUACUUCUCCACAUCUGCUAAAGAUAUUUGUUGCUAACAGGGUGGCUCAGAUUCAAUUACUUACAAAUUUAAAAUAG